AUUUCUUCCACAACUUAAAAACCAAUAAAGAAAGUCCCCCCUCCCCUCCAUGCUAUUUAUUUAUCUAAUUGUCUCCCUGUAAGACCCAAUCCCCCUCCCAAAAAGAAAAACUCAUCGCCUCUGUUUCAACUCUCUCUCUCUCUCUCUCUCUCUCUCUCUGUGGACAUGUCUUCAAUCUUGAAUUCACAAGGGGUGGUUCUGGCAACCGCUAUGGCGGUCUCAGGCACCGUCAUCCUCCUCGCCCUCCGCCUCCAGAAGUCUUUUCCGGCCGCCCAAUUCCAGUCCUCAUCACCCCAACUCCCCAGAUCAUGCAUCUCUUCAGACGGGAAGAAGAGAGAGAAAAAGAAGAAGAGGGUCCAAUUCGCGGAGGACGUAGUGGACCCAGUUGGGAAUAGCGACAAAUUCAGGAGGCAACACAACAACAACAACAAUACCACCACCACCACCACAAACAGCGAAGGUUUGUAUUCGAAUUCGUCAUCAAAGGAGGAGAGAGAGAAAAAGAGAGAAGUACGAGGAAUGCCGGCAAACAGGGUUGCCCUGUAUAAUGGGAUUCUUAGGGACCGUUUGGUCCAUCAUAGGUUAGCCUAUUCCUAUUAAUUGGGGAGAAAACAUUUUUGUGUUACGGUGAGGUGGUGUCCACCGAUCCCUUCACGCUCGGCCGCGUGUGUUUGACAUGAGACCGGGGCUAUGUUGGCCGACUUCUCAGCCCUGCAAGCUUGGCCUCGGAUCCCAGCUCGAGCACAUGCAGCCGAGCUUGAGUAGAUGGCACGAGUACACAAAAUACUUUUCUCUUAAUCGGGACUUCUAAAUUUCUUGAUGCCUGGGUACAUUUCCUGAUUCACCCCUCUGUUUUGUUUAUAUACUUAACUUUUUUUAAGCACUAGAAUUUGGUGACCCGUGAAGUAUUGCACGUGGGAUUGAUGCAGGGCUUUAGUGUUUUUGUUUUAAACUUUUGGGGAUUUUUUUGUAGAGUUUAAAUCAAUUCCCUUGUAAAUGAAUUGUGGAUAAACUUCCCUUGAAAAUGGAUGUUAUAUAAGUGCAGGGGCAUUUUCGUA